AUGUCGUCUUCCGCCGUUACCAGUGUGCCGUUCGCCGAUCCUCUCUGGCUCAACCGUCGCUGUAGUCCAUUCUAUAACGACUCCCAUCGGCAUUUGCAGAAGGAAGUGCGGGAUUAUGUCGAUACCCAUAUUGCUCCAUUCUGUGAAGAAUGGGAGAAACAAGGCUUUGUGCCACCGGAGGUCCAAAAGCUUCAUGCUGAGCUAGGAUAUACUGCCGUGGCAUCAUUCCCAGUAGCUGCCGAGUAUCUCGAUGACCAACGUCUGCCCGGGGACAUCAAUCCAUACGAAUGGGACGGGUUUCACGAUCUUGUAGUUAUUGAUGAGCUGGCUCGCUGUGGUUACCUUGGAAUUGUAUGGGCACUCGGGUGUGGAAACUCAAUCGGGGGCCCACCUGUCAUCAACUUUGGAAACGAAGAGCAGAAAAGGCGCUUCCUUCCAGAUAUGCUGAAGGGCAAGAUUCGCUUUUGUUUGGGAGUGACUGAGCCGGAUGCUGGUUCUGACGUCGCCGGGAUCACAACUACUGCCGAGAAAAAUGGAGAUGUCUACAUUGUCAAUGGAGCCAAGAAAUGGAUCACAAAUGCCAUCUUCGCUGACUUUUGUACUGCAGCGGUGCGCACCGGAGGGCAAGGAACUCAUGGUAUCUCGGCGCUGGUUAUCCCAAUGAACACUCCCGGUGUGACUUGCAGGAAGAUUGAAAACUCCGGAGUUCAGGCGAGUGGAUCCACUUAUAUCGAGUUCGAUCAAGUUGAGGUACCCGUCACCAACCUGCUCGGAGAAGAGAAUAAAGGCUUUCCCGUUAUCAUGAAUAACUUCAAUCACGAGCGACUGUGGUUGGCAUGCACAUCCCUCCGCAUGGCGCGCGUGUGCGCCGAAGAUUCCUAUCGACACGCCAUCAGCCGCGAAACAUUCGGUAAGAAGCUUAUUGAGAACCAGAUCAUUCGAUCCAAGUUUAGCGCGAUGGGAAGAAGAUUGGACUCUGCGUAUGCAUGGAUGGAGCAAUUGGUCUAUAUUUCUGAAACAUCGAAAAGGAAUGGCGUGGAUAGUGGAAUGGGAGGCUUGUUUGCAAAUCUCAAGGUCUUGGCAGGUCAGACUCUUGAAAAAGUCAACCGUGAGUCACAGCAGGUUAUGGGUGGACUUGGAUACUCGAAAAAUGGUCGUGGCUCAAGAAUCGAGCAGAUUAGUCGGGAUGUGAGAGUCAUGGUUGUCGGUGGUGGGAGUGAGGAGAUUUUGUCUGACUUGGCUGUCAAUCAGGAGAUCAAGACCAUGAAGAAGCAGAGUAAGCUAUAG